CGUCGCUCUGUCUUGGAAGAACGUCGGUAUUUGAUAGAUUACAAAGAAAGAGGCAUUUAAUUUUAACUAACACAACAUGACAGACGUUCGUCAAACAAAGAGCGAUAGCCGGUGUAUAACUAAAGAAAAAGAUGUUGCACCAAGCGACACUGCAUUGAGAGCAAAUUCUACACUUAACACUUACAAAGACCUCAGGAAGAAGACACGGCAGCUACAGGUCUCUAAAACUAUCGAUCGUCUGAAGAAACAAUGGGGACGACCAAACUGUCGUCUGCUUACAUCCAGCAAAGAAAUGCGACAAGAAUUAAACGUACUGAAAGAACAGUAUACGACAGUGUGUGAACAAGAAUCUGCCUUGCGCAGUCAGAUUGCGCUCUUAACAGCCGAGAUAGUCUUAGUGGAUACGAAUGAAUACCAUCGGAUACCGAUCAAUAUGCGAAAAGUCUCUGUAGAUCCGAUAUCUAUUCGGAAGAUUUCUAAAAUAAAGCAACAAAGUUCUUUUGAAAGACCAGGAUGUAUUACGAGACAGCUGUCAAAAAUUCCACAACAUAAAUGUCGAUUUGACAAAAAGAAAAAGUUUCCACCGAUUGACUCCGUUCUGAACCAAGGCGUUCUCAGGAAAGGAAAAUGUCAAGCAGGAAAGAUUAGUAAAUCUACACUUAAUUCCUGUAAUACACAAAAAGGCACUACCGAAUUUGUUCGUGAGAAUAAUUCCAUAGUUACUGAUGUCCAUAGUCUUCAUUACUGUCCAUAUUGUUCAUUCUUCUGUAAUCCAGCACAUGUUCUCUAUCCGGGUGUGUUGAUGUCCCCGUCAAACUCAUAUUUGACAGAUUUCAGACUGCCAAGAUUCAGCGUGAAAGCAAUGAAAACAAGUUUAUCAAAGGCUGCUGUUGUCAAAUAAAUAAUUAUUGAAAAAAAUCCAUUGAAUUUGUUAUAUUUGAAAUUUGUUCUGUGUUGAAUUUCAUUUAAUAUUUCAUAUUGCAUCUCAUUUAGAUGUACAUGUUUUUGAAAAGUUAUCUUUGAAUUUA